AUGAAGGAACAUCUCAAGCAUGUCCCUUCUGAGCUGGAGAUAGCAAGGAAAGAAUUUGAAGCUGUAAAGAAUAAACUAAAACAGAAGGUAAGGGAGCUUGAAGUCGAUACUCAUAAGGAUCGUGUAGACAAGCUGGAGAAAGAACAGAAGAAUGUCUAUUUUGAGUUCGAAGACCUGAGAAAAUGGUACCAAGAGCAAGUCCAGAAUAAUUCCAAUCUUAAAAGAACUUCUGAGUACUGGAAAGUCGAAGCCAGUAGCUUGAAAAGGAAGUUCGAAUGGAACGAUGAAAGAGAAACUCUAAAAGAACAGCUGAAGACUGCUCAGAGGCGUUUGAUAGACAAUCAACAUCAGAACAAGUGUUUGAGAAUCCAGGUAGCUGACUUAGAGAAGUCUCUUAAGAAAAAGGAAGAGUGGGAUAGCAAAACCAUAGCUGAGUUAGAAGCCAUUCAAAGGGUGAAGGCUAGAGAUGCAGUCAUCCGUGAUUUCCUGGAGAAAGUACAGAAGGCAGCUCGUCAUUUGCAUGGCUUAGCAAGGGAAGCCGGAGUGAAGAAAGAACAAACACCGAGUUUACCUCCCCAAGCUCUAGACACGCAUCAUCCACACAACACCCGAACGAACAAAAGACAAAUAGAGGCUAAAAUCGCUCAACUCGAGGAGAAUAUGUUGAAAUUACAGAGAGAACUAGAAGACAAGAUAACCCAGAAUAGUCAGAGUACCCUAAAUACCAUCACGAAGAGUCAGGAGUCCUUGGUCGAUCAAAUCAUGGCCAAGUUAUCUGGCUUGCAACAAACGAGUGCACCAGGGGCAGGUUUGUCUGAGGGGGUAACUAUACCAUCGACCCCACAAGUGGUUAUCUCACUCGGGAUAUUACUCGGACUACAAGGGGACUAA